AUGAAGGUUCCUCCACAGAUCGCGCUGGACGGCGUAGAGCUGCCAGACUGGCGCGCGACGUCGCUGCCAAACCAGGCCAAAAUUGACAAGUACCGUGCACAGAGACUCAUGGCAAAGGUGUGCGCUGGCUAUCUGCGCUUUCCCACGGCCACAGAGAUGACUCACAGUGACUGUGCGUUGAUUGAAGUUGCCGACUCGGGGAGCGUUUCUACGGAGAUGAACACAGUCGGGCAGGUCGGAAGGUACUGCGUCAGGUUCAUGGAUCCCGCGCUACUCAAAAGGACGCAGUCUGUUACCAGAUCAGGUAGAAGCACUGUUUCUACCUCGGCAGCUGUCAAUGGCUACAGGUUUGUGGCCUCGAUGAUAAAGCCGUUCGGCCAAGCCGAAACUUUCUGGGCAUUUGCUAUCUGCAGUGAGGAACUUCAGUCGACAUUUACGGAGAGAAGUGAUUCGGGGGCAGCUGUGAUGUGGAAGUGGAACAUUGUGGGUCUCGUCUUUGGUGGAAUCCAAGGGAGGCCGAGACGUCCCGUGGACAUGACACUGUUCCAAAGCAUUAUGGACGUGCUGCGAUUCUCGAGACCCACUGGCUGA